AUGGAUUCUUUCAGCUAUCUUCGCGCGGUUAAAUGCGUGGGCGUCACCGGAGCAAUGUGGCUGGGUGAGAAAGGCAACAUUGCCGCUCUUUCCCUUAUGGCUGUACCAGCUCUUCGCCUUUCCAAAGCUAAUGACGGCGUAUCUUCGACCAGUCUAGUGAAGCAAUGGAGAUACAUCUACGAGGCCGGCAAAUCUCAAAACCCUCCAAUUGCGGCAGCUACUGCGGCUGCGUUUAUCUAUCUCGCCUGGUCGGUUCGCCGAAUCGCACCCAGGAGUCAGAUACCUCUGUACUACGGAUCCGCGGCAGUUCUGACUCUCGGAAUCGUCCCCUUCACCCUGAUGGUAAUGUCCCCGACAAAUAACAGGUUGAUUCAACAUUCGGAGACAAUGUCCAUGGAAGGAAGUGCGGCUCCGUCACGGGCAAGAGACGAUGAGAUCGAUCAGCUUAUCGCGAAGUGGAACACUCUGAACGGUGUUCGGAGUUUAUUGCCUUUGGCCGGUGGUAUUUUGGGCUUGGUUGCCAGCUUGGCCUGA